AUGUCGGCCUCAUUACCCGGCAGCAGAGAUCUGCCUGCUUCUCGGCAUGAUCUCAGCACCUAUCUGGGCCGGGUGAAGCACUCCGCAGACAUAUCCGAUCCGAGAACACUGUUCACUUCCAACGCCGCCCUGGAGAAUGCCAAAUCAUUGGUCACUCAGUACAAACAAGGCACGAUUCGAUCCAUGACACCAGAGCUAUGGACAGCAAAGAAGAUCGUCGACUCGACACUGCAUCCAGAUACCGGCGAACCAGUAUUCCUACCAUUCCGGAUGUCAUGCUUCGUCUUGUCCAAUCUGGUCGUCACAGCCGGCAUGCUUACGCCUGGAAUGACGAAUAUGGGCACCGUCGCAUGGCAGGUUGCCAACCAGUCCCUCAACGUGGGCAUCAAUUUCUCCAAUGCCAAUAAGAGCACACCAAUGUCCAUGUCAAGCAUCGCACAGUCAUAUGUCAUGGCUGUCGGAGCAAGUUGUGGUGUUGCAGUGGGUCUCAACUCCAUCCUGCCACGUUUGAAGAACAUCAGUCCUGCCACCAGAAUUACGCUGGGUAGACUGGUGCCUUUCGCUGCAGUGGCAAGUGCUGGUGUGCUGAAUGUGUUCCUCAUGCGAGGAGAGGAGAUCCGGCAGGGGAUUAAUGUGUACCCGAGCGAAUCAGAGGAGGCGAAGACGAAGCGAGAGCAAGCGAAUCAAGCUCUCGAGCCGCUUGGGAAGAGUAAGAAGGCAGCUACGCUUGCUGUGGGCGAGACGGCUGUCUCUCGUGUGCUGAACGCAACUCCGAUCAUGGUUCUUCCGCCUCUCAUCCUGGUACGCCUGCAGCGCAUGGAGUGGCUGAGAAGCAAUCCUCGUUUGACGCUUCCUGUCAACCUUGGUCUGAUCUUGACGACGAGUAUCUUUGCUCUUCCGGUGGCGUUGGCUGCUUUCCCACAGCGGCAGGCGGUGAAGGCGACAAGUCUUGAGAAGGAGUUCUGGGAGCAGGGUGGCGAAGGAGGCCUGGUGGAGUUCAAUCGUGGGAUCUGA